CAUUAGCUACUAAAAAAUACAGAAGAUUAGUAAAAGAUUAAUGGGUCAUUGAUUUUGAAAAUGCAAAGAAAAAAAGUUUGGUAGUAUUUUUUAGGUACAACAACAUAAAUAUAAAGGGUACCCAACACUCUAACAUAAGAUUCAUCACCACCAACAACUACAACCUCAGUUACACUACACUCUCCUAGUAGCUAUAUCUACCUCACCAAAAACACCAACAACAACAAUAACAACGUUCUAUUCUAUUUUUUCUCUCAUUUUCUCUCUCUACCACCAUGGAUUCUGAUUAUGGUAUUCCAAGAGAACUCUCAGAUCUUCAAAAGCUUCGAUCUUUAUACCAACCUGAACUCCCUCCUUGUCUACAGGGUACAACUGUUAGGGUUGAAUUUGGUGAUGCAACAACAACUGCUGACCCUUCUGAUGAACCUUCUAUUAGUAGAUCUUUCCCUAAUACUUAUGGACACCCUUUAGCUCAUUUUCUUAGGGCUACUGCUAAAGUUCCUGAUGCUCAGAUCAUAACUGAACACCCUCCUAUUAGGGUUGGACUUGUUUUCUGUGGAAGACAAUCUCCUGGCGGACACAAUGUUAUUUGGGGUCUUCACUCUGCUCUCAAGAUUCACAAUCCUUACAGCGUUUUACUUGGAUUUCUUGGUGGUUCUGAUGGUCUAUUUGCUCAGAAAACUUUGGAGAUAACUGAAGAUAUUCUUUCUACAUACAAAAAUCAAGGUGGUUAUGAUUUGCUUGGCCGGACGAAAGAUCAAAUUAGAACCACAGAACAAGUUAAUGCUGCACUUGCCGCAUGCAAUGAUUUGAAACUUGAUGGACUUGUCAUAAUUGGAGGUGUGACAUCUAACACAGAUGCCGCACAGCUUGCAGAAACAUUUGCUGUUGCGAAAUGCCCCACAAAGGUGGUUGGUGUUCCUGUGACUUUGAACGGAGAUCUUAAAAACCAGUUUGUGGAAACAAAUGUUGGUUUUGAUACAAUUUGUAAGGUGAAUUCUCAGCUCAUUAGCAACGUCUGCACUGAUGCUCUCUCUGCAGAGAAGUAUUAUUAUUUCAUUCGGCUUAUGGGACGUAAGGCAUCGCACGUUGCUUUGGAAUGCACUCUUCAGUCCCAUCCUAACAUGGUAAUUCUUGGUGAGGAGGUUGCUCAAUCAAAGCUUACCCUUUUUGAAAUUUCCAGAAAGAUUUCUGAUGCUGUUCAGGCUAGAGCAGAGCAAGACAAAUAUCAUGGAGUGAUCCUCCUUCCAGAAGGUCUGAUAGAGAGCAUUCCUGAAGUGUAUGCACUGUUAAAGGAAAUUCACGGUUUACUCAGACAAGGUGUUGAUGCUGACAAGAUAUCUUCUCAGCUUUCACCCUGGGCUUCUGCUUUAUUUGAAUUUUUACCACCAUUUAUCAGGAGACAGCUACUCCUUUACCCUGAAUCAGAUGACUCAGCACAGUUGUCUCAGAUUGAGACUGAGAAACUUCUAGCAUACCUUGUGGAAGUAGAGAUAAACAAGCGUCAGAAAGAAGGCACAUACAAGGGAAAGAAAUUCAAUGCCAUUUGCCACUUUUUUGGUUAUCAAGCUCGAGGAUCGCUUCCAUCAAAGUUUGACUGCGACUAUGCAUAUGUUCUUGGACACAUCUGCUACCAUAUACUGGCUGCUGGUUUGAAUGGAUACAUGGCAACUGUAACUAACUUGAAGAAUCCUGUAAACAAGUGGAAAUGUGGUGCUGCUCCAAUUUCAUCUAUGAUGACGGUGAAGCGUUGGUCUCCGAAUCCAGGAGCCACAUCAAUUGGAAAACCUGCUAUCCAUCCAGCUGCUGUGGAUUUGAGAGGCAAACCAUAUGAGCUGUUGCGUAAAAAUGCGACAAGCUUUCUUCUGGACGAUAUUUACAGAAAUCCAGGCCCACUUCAGUUUGACGGUCCUGGUGCAGAUGCCAAGCCAUUAACUCUUUCUGUUGAAGACCAAGACUACAUGGGUCGGAUCAAGAAACUUCAAGAGUACCUUGAACAGGUACGGAACAUUGUAAAGCCAGGGUGCCCUCAAGAGGUUCUGAAAGCUGCAUUGAGCGUCAUGGGAUCCGUUACCGAAGUUCUAACUGCAAUGUCAUCAUCUUCCACCAACCUGUCAGCCCUUUAAGCGACGAGUUGUAUUCUUUUCGAAUUUUUCUGCCGUAACAUUUUUGUUUUAUUAAACAUUUUAUAACCGUGGAAGUAGUUAAUUAAUGGUUGAGAAAUAAGUUUUAGAUGAGACAUGGUGCAUGUUAACAUUUGGAUUUAUGAGAUUAUUCAAAGUUUUGGUUUCAUACCUUCCAAUAUAAUAAGGAGAAUAACUGAGUGAUUUUUGAGUGGCACUUGGUCUUGGUUUUUGACAA